AUGGUGUGGGUGUUGCAGGUUGUGGCGGUGGUGAGCAGCGAGGUCGGGCAGGAGCAGCGCCUCCGUCAGCACCACCACCGAGAGAUGUUCCAGCGCUCUACACUCGCUAACUUCAUCAAGAGGAGACGGAGGGAGAAAGAGACCAUUCGUCGUUUCGAGACGGUAGAGAAGGAGGUGAGAACCAGCAACCCAGCUCGGGCAGAGGAUCUAAUCCGCCUUCGGGAUGAACACCUCACUUACCACACCACCUGGUGCAGGAUCAAGUACCACCCCAGGCUCUUGAAGGUAAAUAAGAGUGAGGAAGAACUCCAGGAAGUGGACGAGACUAACGAGGAAAUAGAGCAGCUGCUUCAGGUGUGGGAGCUCUUAUUAGUUCAGUACCUGCCGCAGGUGAACCCAAGUCCUAGGGACUUGUUUGAGUUACAAAUUUCCUCUAUUUAUUCAACAACGUUCUCCCUAGUAACCACUAAACUAUUCAACCUGUCCUCUUUCCACCUAUAUAGAUUUAUUCAGCUGGAAGCAUGA